AUGGUCCUCAAGAAGAUCGGGGAGGAGCUGGAGGAGGAGUUUGCUGCGGUGGUGGACUUCCUCGGGCGGGAGCAGGGCUUGCUUGUCGUCGUGGAAGAUUCCUGCCAUGAGUGCCUGGUGCGCCAGGGCCUGGGCAAGUGGAUCCUGCCCUUCCACCCCAGCGAGGCCUUUGGCCUGCACCGGGCGGUGGACUUCAUCGUCAGCCUGGGGGGCGAUGGCCUGAUUCUGCACGCUGCGCAUCUGUUUGGCACCACCAUCCCGCCUAUCAUCUCCUUCAAGCUGGGCUCCCUGGGGUUCCUCACCUGCCACGACCACCGCGACUAUCGCCGACACUUGCACGACGUCAUCCAUGGCUGCACAGAGCUCACCGAGUGCGGCCCCAUCAAGAACUCGUCGGGCGUGGCGCUGCAGGGCAUCCCCAUCACCCUGCGCAUGCGCCUGACCUGCAGCGUGGACCGCGCGGAUGUCGGCGAGGGGCCGCCCCCCAGCGAAGACUGCGUGGAGGUGCUGAACGAGGUGGUGCUGAGUCGGGGCGCCAACCCCUACCUGUGCAACAUCGAGGUGUAUGAGCGCGACAACUACAUCACCCAGGUCCAGGCGGAUGGGAUCCUGGUGGCCACGCCCACGGGCUCCACCGCCUACUCUGUGGCCGCCGGCGGAUCCAUGGUCCACCCCAACACGCCCGCCAUCCUCUUCACCCCCAUCUGCCCCCACUCGCUCAGUUUCAGGCCCGUGAUCCUGCCAGACUACGCGGUGCUGCGCCUGCGGGUGAGCCCCGACGCGCGCUGCGCGGCGCAGGUGUCCUUUGACGGCAAGCGCGGGACGGAGCUGGCCCCCGGCGACUCGCUGCGGGUGUGCAUGAGUCCCAACCCGGUGCCCACCAUCAACCACGCCGACCAGACCACCGACUGGUUUGGCAGCAUCGAGCGCUGCUUCCACUGGAACGACCGGCUGAGCCAGAAGGGGCUGGCGCAGGCGCAGCCGCCCACCCGGCCCUGA